UGGAGAGAGACGUGCUUUCAGUGAAGCAGAGGAGGGGCCAGUGAUAGAAGCUGUUUACACAAAAGAGGAAAUCUGUGAUCAGGAGUGGUGUGGAAGAAUAAUGGAGAUUACAGACCUGACAAUUGUAGAAAGUAAAGAGAUCCCUGAACUUGAUAGUGUCCACAUUAAAGAGGAGGCUGUAGAGCUGGAGUGUGAUGACAUCACAGAGGAAGUUAGUGAAGAAAAUAAAGUCAAUACGCUGGAGGAGAAUAUAGUUAAGAUGGAAUCUAGCCAUUGUGAAGAUUAUCCUCCUGAACAGAUCUGCAUGAAACCCAAUCAGCUUGUCUCUGAAGACACUGGUUCUAGUGUUGGAGAAGAGGGCAGUGUGCUGGGGUCCAUUCAGAGGAAACAUCACCCCCCUCAGGAAAGAGCUGCAGAUGGAAAGGAGGAAGGAGCGAUGCCGUCCACGAGCAGCACAGCAUCAGAUCCAGGUAGACGCACCUCCACUCCAGCACCCCAGAGCAAAAUCUCUUCUGAUGGGAAACUGCAGCGUAAGCAGAAACACAGAGAGUCAACACCCCGAGAUGAAUAUGUGAAGAAACUGAGAACUCGCUCUGUUCAGAAUCUUUCUGCACAACCUAGCCGACCACUUCCUGUGGGAUAUACAGCAACUCCACAUCCCGACAGUUCUGCAACCCAGGGCAACUUCAUUUCCAUACAAACUCCCCAGCAGAUUCCUUCAGAGCAGAUCUUGUAUCACUGUCCUGAAUGUGGCACCAAUUUCAGUGACCGGGGAAAGCUGAAAAUACACCAGCAUAUUCACGCAGGAGAGAAACCGUUUCACUGUACUGAUUGUGGGAAGAGUUUUAAUCAUAAAUAUAACCUUCAAAAACACCAAAGAACUCACAAGGGAGAGGAACCGCAUGAGUGUCCUGACUGCGGGAGGAGUUUUAAUCUCAAAAGUAACCUUAAAAAACACCAGCGAAUUCACACAGGAGAGAAACCGUUUCACUGUGCUGAUUGUGGGAAAGGUUUUAAUCGUAAGACUUUACUUCAAGCACACCAGCGAAUUCACACAGGAGAGAAACCGUUUCACUGUACUGAUUGUGGGAAGAAUUUUAAUCACAAAUGUGACCUUCAAAAACACCAGCGAAUUCACACGGGAGAGAAACCGUUUCACUGUGCUGAUUGUGGGAAGAGUUUUAAACAGAAAUGUGACCUUAAAAAACACCAGCGAAUUCACACGGGAGAGAAACCGUUUCACUGUGCUGAUUGUGGGAAGAGUUUUAAACAGAAAUGUGACCUUAAAAAACACCAGCGAACUCACACAGGAGAGAAACCGUAUGAGUGUCCUGACUGUGGGAGGCGUUUUAGUCAUAAAUGUAACGUUCAAGCACACCAGCGAAUUCAUACGGGAAAGAAACCAUACGAGUGUCCUGACUGUGGGAGGCGUUUUCAUCAGAAAUCUAACCUUCAAUCACACCAGCUAACUCACAGUACAGAUAAACCGUUUCACUGUGCUGGUUGUGGGAAAGGUUUUAAUCGUAAAACUUUACUUGAAGCACACCAGCUAAUUCACAAGGGAGAGAAUCAGUUUCAAUGUGCUGAUUGUGGGAAGAGUUUUAAUCAGAAAUGUGACCUUCAACAACACCAGCGAACUCACACAGGAUAGAAACCGACAGCUUUGAAAAUCCAUUUACAAACAUUAAUACUGAAACUACAUGAAAAAGACAUUUCAGUGAAAAACGAGGUGUAGUUGAGUCUGUUGAGGUCCCUCUAGGAGUAAGAUUUGACAGCAGAAGAAACCGGGAUACAGGCACAUAUGAUCACGAUCCUGUAACUGACAAGUGUAUUUAUAUUCCAUUGUUAGAAUCUUUAAACUUCAUAUUUAGGAGUCCAGACAUUUGUAAUCCUAUUGUACAACCUUGUGAACAAAACACGGUUUAUAAAAAUUUUUGGUGACGGCAGCUGCUAUAGAAAUCAUCCACUUUUCUCUCGGCAUAGAAAUGCAUUUUAAAUACAACUUUACUAGGAUGACUUUGAAACUGCAAACCCAUUAGGAUCCAAGCAAGGGAUACAUCAAAUUGGAAGCUUAUAUUUUAUUCUUAGAAAUCUUUCACCAAAGGUAAAUUCAGCACUAAUGAAUAUUCACCUUGUUUCACUGUUCCACACAGAAGAUAUUAAAAAGUAUGGGUUUAAUGCUAUACUACAACCUCACGUUGAUGAUUAAAACAUUCUUGAAAGUACUGGAAUUAAAGUUCCUUUUUCUGAAGAACCAAUUGAUGGUGCAGUUGCUCAGGUCACAGGAGAUACCUUAGGGGUGCACACACUUCUGGGGUUCAGUGAAUCUUUCAGUUCAGUUUUUUUCUGUCGACUCUGCUUGAUUGAUAAGAAUGCGUCUCAGUCAGUAUUCAGCGACGAUGAUUCUAACAUCAUAUUACGUGACAGAGUUUUGCAUGAACAGCAUUGCAAUGAUCUGUUAGCAGACCCUACAUGACCCUCCUCCUUUGGAAUGAAGCGAUAUUGUUUGCUGAAUGACUUACAGUUUCUUUCUCAUUUCUGAUCAUUUUGCUUUUGAUAUUAUGCGCGAUGUCCUCAAAGGCAUCCCCCAGUAUGAAAUGAAGUUGCUUUUUGGCUCUCUCUCUGACAGUGUCAUCUCCAAGCAUGACAUCAUUAAUAGAAUUCACUCUUAGAAUUAUGGUUUCUUGGAGAGAAAGAAUCGUCCAAGGUUCAAUCUAGAGCAGUCUGGCAAUGGGAUAGAGCUCAAUGCGAUGCGGGCAGCAGUGUGGAGUUGUGGUUAGGGCUCUGGACUCUUGACCGGAGGGUCGUGGGUUUAGUCCCAGGUGGGGGGACACUGCUGCUGUACCCUUGAGCAACGUACUUUACCUAGAUUGCUCCAGUAAAAACCCAACUGUAUAAAUGGGGAAUUGUCAGAGUUAAUUAUGGGUUAAUCCAGCCUUGAUUGAAGGUAUAUUUUAGGAACAGCUUGUGGCACUGGCAAGAUACAAUUAAAUAAAUAAAUACAUAGCCAUGGUCCAGGACGUUAAACAGAAUAUCAAUUAUUAAACACAUAAUCAGAAAACAAGUGAUUCACAUGAUUGAUUGUAUAAUAAAAUCACUCUGCUGUGAACUUGCUCAGCACAUCGCUACAGUUGUGUACUUAUAAGCAAUGUGAGUACAAAAUAACAAAACCGGGAAGAUAAUGUUACUGUUUCUGACCGGGACAAAAACAUGAAGUCUGAAAACUGGCAAGCCCGGCUUUACCGGGGCGUCUGGUCACCCUGGUCAAGGAAUCCAUUGCCGUCAGCUUCCAUCCGGGUGUUUCCAGCAGGAGGCGCCAAUCCGCUAACGUGACGUCACGACGCGCUCGUCUCCAUGGGAGCAGGGAGGAAGCGGAAGUGUGUGCGGGUUUGUUUACAUUGUGUGUGUGGGGCUGCGUGGGGUUGUUGAGCUGCAGCAGCAGAGAAACUUGCUCAAUAAGUCAAGUGCUGACUGAAUAACAAAGAGAGGCUCCCAAUAUUAUUCAUAAUAAAAGCGUGAAUACAGAAAGGAUAUCAGUCUCAAGCUAACAGUCAGUGAAGAUGGACGUCAGCGUCUCCGUGUCGUUCCUUCAAGACGAGCUCGCCUCUACCAUCGAGCACGCAGUGAAAGCGGCUGUAGACACCGUCUUGUGCGAAAUCACAAAAGUUGUCGGCGGCAAAUUCACUGAAUUCCGAAUGGAAAUGGCUGGAAAGGAGAAAGAGAAUGAAAGUCUGAAGCUGAGAUUGGAAAUAUCAGAGAGCGAGUUGAAAGCAGUGCGGGAAUGCAUGAACGCUGCAGAUGCAGACAUUAAACAACCUCUCAGAAACAUGAACCCCGACUGCAAUGAACAAGACUUUCAGAGGAACGAGAACCAGGGAUUAUUCAUCAGAGUUCAAGGUGAGUUUAAUAAUGUUAUGGUUCUUGUAUGCCUUCCAGUCAUUAAAAAAAAUAAAUUAAAUACACCCGCUGCCCAGGGCCGGAUUGAUCUACACGCAGAUAACGCUAUAGCGUAGGGACCCCCAGCAGAAUUGGGGCCGCCGUUUGUUUGGGGCAUUUGACAAAAACUGCAUGUUAUUUUGCUGUUUUAUGACGGGUAGGCUUUCUCGAGUACAGCAUACCCGAUCGUCCUCAGACCCUCUCCAUUCCAGUCACAAAAUCUACAGCGCCAUGUACUGUGUGUAUUACAAAUGAAAUAACAAUACAACACUAACAUACCAAUUUUAACAUUAGGAUACUUGUUAUUUUAAUCCAUUACAGAAUAGGUCCAUUUUGGCUCACGUGGCGCUGUAGAUUUUAUUUAUCUUUUUUGACAGAGCGUUAAGGAGGAACAUAAGUGUGUCAAAUAUAGAUAAUGUUUUGAGAUUUAUUCUGUAUUGGGGCGCAGCUGUGGACGGAACAGAGAGUCGUAACGCCAGAAGUAAAGUGUUUAGAGAGGACGAAACAUAACUGAGAGAGAAGCGUGCUAGCAAAGCUGUAACUAAAGCCAACUCCUGAAUAAUAAACGCGUGUAUCGAGUUGCCCACAUCAUUAUGUUUCCAGAUACAUUAAUACAUAAAUAUGUGAUUAUCAUUUUUAGUAGUAGUAGUAAUAAUAAUAUGCCCUGGACGUGUUUUCUCACGCAAGCAGUCUCUGUAAGUCGCCUUGGAUAAAGGCGACUGCUAAAUAAACAAAUAAUAAUAAUAAUAAUAAUAAUAAUAAUAAUAAUGUAGAAUACCAAAUGCCCCACGCGCACUGCCUCCUGAGAGAGAUGCGUCCCUUGUCCUACUACGUCAGAGGCUUAUCCAAAUGUGCAGCAUGCCUGUUUACAUUUUAGAAACUUUUUCAUUUGGGCGGUUGGAAUUUAGAAGAAAAAAAAAGGUUGGGUAGAGGUGUUCACAAUGCGGGAGGCUGAAGGAAAUUCAAAUGUGGAUGUCUGCAGUCGGCUAGAAGGGUUUCAGUCCCUAGUGUUUGUUUCCUUCUGUAGGAGGAAGUCUACAAAGAGAUUUUGAAAAAAAAACACAUUGGUUUUGCAUUUAUUUUAUUUUAUAUAUAUUUACACAUUAACAACAAAAUAAACUUAUCACUAUUGUAACACAUUCAAUUUAAAUCAAGGGAAGUAAUGUUGAAACUUUACAAUGCAUUAGUAAGACCUCACCUAGAAUAUUGUGUUCAGUUCUGGUCACCUCGUUACAAAAAUGAUAUUGCUGCUCUAGAAAGAGUGCAAAGAAGAGCAACCAGAAUUAUCCCAGGUUUAAAAGGCAUGUCGUAUGCAGACAAGCUAAAAAAAUUGAAUCUAAAAGAAAUGUAUUUGCUUACAAUUGUAAGUCGUCCUGUAUAAGGGCGUCUGCUAAGAAAUCAAUAAUAAUAAUAAUAAUAAUAAUAUUCAGUCUUGAACAGAAAAGACUACGCGGUGAUCUGAUUCAAGCAUUCAAAAUCCUAAAAGGUAUAGACAAUGUCGACCCAGGGGACUUUUUUAACCUGAAAAAAGAAACAAGGACCAGGGGUCACAAAUGGAGAUUAGAUAAAGGGGCAUUCAAAACACAAAAUAGGAGGCACUUUUUUACACAGAGAAUUCUGAGGGUCUGGAACCAACUCCCCAGUAAUGUUGUUGAAGCUGACACCCUGGGAUCCUUCAAAAAGCUGCUUGAUGAGAUUCUGGGAUCAAUAAGCUACUAACAACCAAACGAGCAAGAUGGGCCGAAUGGCCUCCUCUCGUUUGAAAACUUUCUUAUGUUCUUAUUUUUGAAAAAAAUAAGGUACUGUAUAUAAAUGAUGGACAUUGACAACAUGUUUUUUCGUUUCUUUUUAAUCCCUCGAUCAUUCAUCCAUGACCACGACACGCUUGAGUGACUGUGACUGAAGCAGAUGCGCUUAAUCACCUAAUUAGUGAGACAGUUGAUUGGACGCUGGAUAUGGAGCGAUUUCAGCUGUUGAAUUGCAAGCUUGAGUAAAAGCAAUUAAGAAAAUCACAGAAAAAACCAAUAUGCCACGUCUGUCGACAGCAGCGUCUUCGUGCGAUCGGCAUGUUGGAGGCUGGACUAGGGCAGCGUGCUGUGGCUCGCCGUCUUGGGUGCUCACACUGCCAGCGAUUUCAAACCUGGCGAGACGGUAUAACCAGACACACUCUGUCAAUGACAGCGCCACCAACUGGGAGAGCAAGAGUCACAACACCUGCCCGAGAUCGACAGAUCAUUCUGCAGCAUCUUCAUGAUGUCAAUUGUUAAUCAGCACAAUAAAAAGUCACUGCAGGGUUUGUCGUUUUUCAAUCACAUCUAAUUCUGGAGAGAGACGUGCUUUCAGUGAAGCAGAGGAGGGGCCAGCGAUAGAAGCUGUUUACACACAAGAGGAAAUCUGUGAUCAGGAGUGGUGUGGAAGAAUAAUGGAGAUUACAGACCUGACAAUUGUAGCAAGUAAGGAGAUCCCUGAACUUGAACCUGUCCACGUUAAAGAGGAGGCCGUAGAGCUGGAGUGUGAUCACAUCACAGAGGAUAUUAGUAGAGAAAAUAAAGUCAAUACACUGGAGGAACAUAUAGUUAAGAUGGAAUCUAGCCAUUGUGAAGAUUAUCCUCCUGAACAGAUCUGCAUGAAACCCAAUCAGCCUGUCUCUGAAGACACUGGUUCUAGUGUUGGAGAAGAGGGCACUGUGCUGGGAUCCAUUCAGAGGAAACAUCACCCCCCUCAGGAAAGAGCUGCAGAUGGAAAGGAGGAAGGAGCGAUGCCGUCCACAAGCAGCACCGCAUCAGAUCUAGGAAGACACACCUCCACUCCAGCACCCCAGAGCAAAAUCUCUACUGAUGGGAAACUGCAGCGUAAGCAGAAACACAGAGAGUCGACACCCCAAGAUGAAUAUGUGAAGAAACUGAGAACUGACUCUGUUCAGAAUCUUUCUGCACAAGAUAGCCGACCACUUCCUGUGGGAUAUACAGUGACUCCACAUCCCGACAGUUCUGCAACCCAGGGCAACUUCAUUUCCAUACAAACUCCCCAGCAGAUUCCUUCAGAGCAGAUCUUGUAUCACUGUCCUGAAUGUGGCACCAAUUUCAGUGACCGGGGAAAGCUGAAAAUACACCAGCGUAGUCACAGAGGAGAGAAACCGUUUCACUGUACAGAGUGUGGUAAGACAUUCAGAUUUGCAAUUGGAUUGAAACUACACCAACGUAUUCACACAGGAGAGAAACCGUUUCACUGUGCAGAUUGUGGUAGGAGUUUUAAUCAGAAAUGUAAAUUUCAGUUACACCAGCGAAUUCACACGGGAGAGAAACCAUUUGUGUGUUCUGACUGUGGGAAGUGUUUUAAACAGAAACGUAGACUGCAAACUCACCAGCGAAUUCACACAGGAGAGAAACCGUAUGAGUGUCUAGUAUGUGGGAAGAGUUUCAGUCGGAAGGACAACCUCAGAACACACCACAUAACCCACACGGGAGAGAAACCUUUUGAGUGUAGUGAGUGUGGGAAGAGAUUUGUAGAGUCAAAUAAACUAAAGAAACACAGUCUAGUUCACAGAGAUUCAGUCAGUCAGGACACAAAAACAAUUCAGUUUACUCAAUGAAAGCAUCUCAAUCACACCAGAAUACCAAAGCAGACCCUGCGUCUCUCUCGUCGGUCUCAAAUGCAGGGAGCUGUGAAAAUAAACAAAUUCAACUCAAAAAAUCCCAAGCCUGCUGUGUAUGCAAAUGAUUGUAGCCCUGUUUCCUACAGCAGUGCUUCUGAAACUGGGAGGCACAGAAUGUACUCUGGGGGGGGGGGGGUGAGAAAGCUCAGGGAAACGUAUAGAAAUGACCACGCACAUCUUAACCUGUAUAUAUAUUAAAACAAAUGCUACUGCUGACACCUCCUGCCACACGAAGUACCGCAGACGAGAGGAAGGAUCCCAGGGUGUCAGCUUCAACAACAUUACUGGGGAGUGGCUUCCAGACCCUCACCAGUCUCUGUGUAAAAAAAGUGCCUCCUAUUUUCUUGUCAAUUUAAGGGUUCACAUUUCCAAUGACAGAUGUUAGAACAUUAGUAGCUACACAACAACCCUGCACUUUUGCAAUUACAGACGCACACAUUUCUUGGGCGAGUUCCUUCGUCAAGUAGCAGCUUUGUGGAGUUCCCGGUGAUUCUAAAGAAAAAUCUUUCAAGUCACUUUGCUGGUCAGAGAUACUUACAUCUGUCAUUGAGAAUAUGUCAUUGAAAACUUGUGCAUGAAUUGCAUUCAGAUAUAAAAGAUGAUGUAAUGGGCUUCGUAUCUUCUCAUGACGCCAUCAGAUCUAAUAUGGAGAAAAGCUUCGACAGCUUUGAAAAUCCAUUUACAAACUUUAAUACUGAAGCUAAAUGGAAUAAACAAUUAAGUGAAAGACGAGGUGUAGUGGAGCCUGUUGAGGUCCCUCUAGGAGUAAGAUUUGACAGCAGAAGAAACCGGGAUACAGGCACAUAUGAUCACGAUCCUGUAACUGAUAUGUGUAUUUAUAUUCCAUUGUUAGAAACUUUAAAGUUUAUAUUUAGGAUUCCAGACAUUUGUAAUCUUAUUGUACAACCCUGUGAACAAAAAGCUGUUUAUAAAGAUUUUUGGUGACGGCAGCUGCUAUAGAAAUCAUCCACUUUUCUCUCGGCAUAAAAAUGCUUUUCAAAUACAACUUUACUAGGAUAAAUUUGAAACUGCAAACCCAUUAGGAUCCAUGCAAGGGAUACAUCAAAUUGGAAGCUUAUAUUUUAUUCUUAGAAAUCUUUCUCCAAAUGUAAAUUCAGCACUAAUGAAUAUUCACCUUGUUUGACUGUUGCACACACAAGAUAUUAAAAAGUAUGGAUUUAAUGCUAUACUACAACCUCACGUUGAUGAUUUAAAAAUUCUUGAAAGUACUGGAAUUAAAGUUCCCUUUUCUGAAGAACCAAUUGAUGGUACAGUUGCUCAGGUCAUAGGAGAUACCUUAGGGGUGCACACACUUCUGGGGUUCAGGGAAUCUUUCAGUUCAGUUUUUUUCUGUCGACUCUGCUUGAUUGAUAAGAAAAGAAUGCGUCUCAGUCAGUAUUCAGCGACGAUGAUUCUAACAUCAUAUUAUGUGACAGAGUUUUGCAUGAACAGCAUUGCAAUGAUCUGUUAGCAGACCCUACAUGACCCUCCUCCUUUGGAAUGAAGCGAUAUUGUUUGCUGAAUGACUUACAGUUUCUUUCUCAUUUGUGAUCAUUUUGCUUUUGAUAUUAUGCGCGAUGUCCUCGAAGGCGUCCCCCAGUAUGAAAUGAAGUUGCUUUUUGGCUCUCUCUCUGACAAUGUCAUCCCUAAGCUUGACAUCAUUAAUAGAAUUCACUCUUAGAAUUAUGGUUUGUUGGAGAGAAAGAAUCGUCCAAGGUUCAAUCUAGAGCAGUCUGGCAAUGGGAUAGAGCUCAAUGCUAUGCGGGCAGCAGUGUGGAGUAGUGGUUAGGGCUCUGGACUCUUGACCGGAGGGUCGUGGGUUCAGUCCCAGGUGGGGGACACUGCUGCUGUACCCUUGAGCAAGGUACUUUACCUAGAUUGCUCCAGAAAAAACCCAACUGUAUAAAUGGGGAAUUGUAUGUAAAAAAUAAUGUGUUAUCUUGUAACAAUUGUAAGUCGCCCUGGUUAAGGGCGUCUGCUAAGAAAUAAAUAAUAAUAUUCAAACAUUCUGCUUAAUAAAAAAUAUUUCCCUAGUAUUUGGAGACAUUGUAAACGAGGAAAAUAAAAAUCGGAGCUUGCUUCUGAUGUUAUUAAAUAUUGUCAAUAUUGUUUUUUCACCAGUGAUUGCUGAGGGUAUGACAGUGUAUCUCAAGCAACUAAUUGCAGAACAUCAUAAGCUUUUCAGAGAGCUAUACCCAGAAUGCAAUUCGAUUCCAAAGCAACAUUUCAUGAUUCAUUAUCCCAGAUGCAUCAGAAAAAUAGGUCCAUUAUUGCAUUUCUGGGCAAUGAGAUUUGAGGCAAAGCACAAGUUUAUUAAAAACAGUGUCAAGAAUUUCAAAACUAUUACCAAAUCACUGCCCCAAAAACACCAAAUAGCUACACCAUACCACUGGGAGUCUUUAUCAAUAAAGACUAUUGAAUGUGGACCUCUUAAAACACGAGCUUUAAAUGAUUUUCCUGACUGUGAAAUUAUAGCAGAAAAACUGCAAAUUGGUUUGGAUUGUGACAUUAAUAUUACUUCUAGGAUUAGAUACUCAGGAACUGAAUAUCGGACCGGCCGUCUGAUUUGUAUAAAAAUAGAAGACGAAAUGACGCAGUAUUUAGUAAAAUAACUGGAAUUGUUUGAGAAGCUGAACAGUAUUUUUUAGUGGCAUCUGAAUUUGAAACAGUUUGUUUUGUAGAACAUCUUCAUUCAUUUCAUGCAGGAGGAACUCGGAAAAAUGUUCCAUUUGAUCUUCAGACUUCAUAUGGCUUUGAAGAACCUGAUUUGCAUGCGGUUCCAGUGAGUUAUUUAAUGUACAUGCCAACCACAACAUUGUAUUUUGAUUUUAAGUUCUAUAGUUUUGGAAUUGAAAUAAGUAUUGUGGCACUUUGAGGGCUGGUUAUGCAAUGGGAAUUUCUAUAAAUAUGGAGAUAUAAAGAAAGAUGUAAAUAUCACUCCUUCCACAGAAGGUGCAGGUUUGUCACUGCUUCGAUUGAAUUGAGGAGAUUUAGAAAACGCAACCAAAAGUGUGUUCACAAAGAACGUCCAAAAUAUGAGAUCCAAAGGCAACCAAACCACUCACCGUGGACACAAACUUUUGGCUGUGAUGUCAAAAUCUCCCGAGUUAAAGUGAAACAGUAACAAAAUGUCAUGUUCUGGAGUUAAAUGCAUUUGUGUAAAUUAUUAAUUGGGCUACAGAAAUAUUACAAAAUAACCCAGGAUGGCAGUGAGGACAUUUUGAUUCAUAAAAUGAUAUUCAAGUGUACUUUUUAUCCUUUAACAGCAGUUAUUCUUGUGGAUGAACACUGUUGUCUAAAAGUAACUGACAUCCAAAAAUUAUAAACUGUACUUGGUGUCCAAAAGGUGUAUUUUGUGAAAUAAAUGCUUUGAUUUAAUAGAG